AUGUUUUGCCAGCCUGGCUGCUGUUUUGUGGAGGAGGGGUGCAUUCUCCAACAUUUGUUGUUUUGUGCUACUACUACACGAUUUGACGCCGCUGACCGCACGAAGCAGCCAACCUCAGCAGCAGCAGCAGCAGCAGCAGCAGCAGCAGCGUGCCGACCCAACCUCAACAGCAGCAGCGGGCCGACCCAACCUCAGCAGCAGCAGCGGGCCGACCCAACCUCAGCAGCAGCAGCAGCAGCAGCGGGCCGACCCAACCUCAGCAGCAGCAGCGGGCCGACCCAACCUCAGCAGCAGCAGCGGGCCGACCCAACCUCAGUAGCAGCAGCAGCGGGCCGACCCAACCUCAGCAGCAGCAGCGGGUCGACCCAAACUCAGCAGCAGCCGAACAUGAUAUGCGAUACUACGCACUUACACGACUGUCAUUCUAAGGACGAACAGGCUACUCCAGCAUCUCCGCCGAUCCUCUCUCUUCAUAAACGUCGACGCGCUCUUUACAAAAGGGCAGACACCAGGGAAUCGACGGGACCUCGAAUACCUUCUUUUCUCAAUUUUCCGUUUCUUUCGUGUUCCGUUCUUUCUUCUUUCCAUUCCAGUGAAGCAGACGAUAAAGCGCUUGAGAGCGGAAACGCUUACUCUCUCUCUCUCUCUCUCUCUCUCUCUCUCUCUCUUCUUUUCUUUCUUUUUCUUUCUUUCUUUCUUUCUUUUUUCUUUUUUUUUUUCCCGUCUUUCUUCGUAAUCAAAACUCAUGGUUCAUUCUUAAUCUUAGUAGAAAUAAUAUGGUUCAUUUUAUUUUAA